AUGUUGUCGAUUGGGGCUCUAAGUCUUGGAUCCACCUCCUGUCAACCCUACUCCAUCUACUAUGACUACCAGGCCCGGCCCAGGCAUGGGCAGGUUGGGCAAUGGCCGAGGGCAUCAUUCCUGAGGUGGCAUAAUGAGCUACAAGAACUACAUUUAGCUUUGGAAGAAGCUAAAGUGGACAUUGUUGGUCUGUGGGCCCUAAAAUUUCUUAUAGAUAAGGAUGAGCUUCCAAAGCGCCUGGUCAAGUCAAUGUACGUGUCUUACCUUGCAGGUUGCUUCUGGUCUGUACGUUUCGGGUUAGAGGAAGCUCAUGGUUUGUUACCAGAAAAGGUCAACUGGUUAUUUGAGAAAGGGGGAUUUGUUUUACAUCCUGAUGAAACAUUUUCUGUUGACUUUGAUAAGGUUCAAGUGUUGAACACAAUCUCCAUGUUGAUUGCCUAUGUUGGUGACAUCAUCUUAUACGCCUUUGAAUUGGUUCAAUUUUUUCAAAAGUUAGUGGGCUUCAUGUUAAUAGCUCAGAUGAACUUCUUGAAGACAUUAUGCAGUACAUUACUGAUUACUAAUUACCCAUGCAAGCUAUGGGAAGCCACAAUUUCGAAUGCCCCUUCAAUGGUCCCACAACUCCUAGCAUACUUUCCAUCUUUGGUAGAUAUACUGGAAAGAAGUUUUGAUCACUUAAAGUUGAGGAUCAUAAUCAAACCCAAGCCUUGUAUUGGUGUAAGGCCUUUAUGUAAUGCACAACAGGUAAAGUUGAUGGAAGAAAGGAAUAUGAAGCCACUUGAUUCAAAUCUUGCAGCAUUAAAGAUGCAGUAA